UCGUGUUUGUGUCGCACGCGCUCCCGCCCGCCCCUUCAUAACGCGCUCUGCUGCGCUCCGGCGCUGGACUUCACCAUCUCAGCAGGAGACUAAAGAGGAUGAGAGCUGAAGUCAAAGCUUCUUAACGCCAGCAGGUGGAAGGAGGGAAGGAGGGAGGAGGUCGAAGUAAGGGGGGAAAUGUGGGCGAGUGUGUGAGUGGCCGUGUGUGUGUUUGUGCGUCCUUUGCGCGCGCGCGUGCGGAGAACCCGGGGACCGAGACGCAUCCAGGUGGACCUCUCACUCCACUCACCGUCAACCUGCUGCUGCUCUCUCUCUCUCACUCUCUCUCUCACUCUUCAUUGUUACUCUUAACCCAAGUUCAGCACCAUGGCCCCGGUCUCCAGCCUCCCCACUGCGUAACAGGGGCUUUCAGGACAGAAGAUGAGCAGAGACACGGACAAUUUAAUGGACCGGGGACACCGGAGGACCGCGUUUUUCCUGCUCGGGCUCGCUUUCCAGGCUCUGGCUGUCCAUGCAGUGGGCAUGUUUGAGCUGCAGAUCCGGCAGUGGCAAAACUCUCUUGGCAUUCUACAGAGUGGUCAGUGCUGUGACCUCCAGCCCAGCGGGGGACAGCAAUGUCCUCAAAGUGACCAGUGUGACACACUUUUUAGGGUCUGUCUGAAGGAGUACCAGACUCGUGUGGUACCCACGGGCACGUGUACCUUUGGUACGGGCAGCACACCUGUCCUGGGCGGAAACUCCAAUGGCAUGCAUGUUAACGGACCUGAAGCAGGCCGGAUCGUCAUCCCAUUUAAAUACGCCUGGCCGAAAUCCUUCUCCUUGGUGAUCGAGGCCCUUGACCAUGACAAUGAAACGUCAGAGCCAGUAGGCCAGGAGGAUCUGAUAGAACGGGUGUUGUUGUCCUCUAUGCUGAACCCAGGAGAGCAGUGGCAGUUGCACAAGCACCACGGCCGCCACUUUACUCUACAGUACUGGCUGCGUUUCCGCUGUGACACCAACUAUUAUGGGCCGCUAUGCAACAAGUUCUGCCCCCGUGAUGACUUUUUUGGUCAUUUCGACUGCGAUAUUGCAGGCAGUAAAGUCUGCAAAGAUGGAUGGACAGGACCAGAAUGUAGACUGGCGGUGUGUAAACAGGGAUGUAGCAUGGACCAUGCUUCCUGCACUGUUCCAGGAGAAUGCGAGUGUAAUUAUGGCUGGAAGGGUGAUCUGUGUGAUGAGUGUGAGACAUAUCCAGGCUGUGACCAUGGCACCUGUGCUGAACCUUGGCAAUGUGUAUGUGACACUAACUGGGGCGGCCUUCUCUGUGACAAAGAUCUAAAUUACUGUGGAACCCACCAGCCCUGUAAAAAUCUUGGUACCUGCAUGAACACAGAACCGAACGAGUAUCAGUGUGUGUGUCACGAUGGCUUUCGUGGUCGUGACUGCAGCAUUGUGGAACAUGCAUGUCUCACUUCUCCCUGUUUGAAUGGAGCAACAUGUAAAGAAGACCAGACAGGGUUCACUUGUGUGUGUGCACAGGGCUGGACCGGACCCACCUGUGCACUUGCUAUACUACACUGCGACUCCCAUCCAUGCGGCCGUGGGGCUACAUGCCUAGAGUCCGCCCAGGGUUUCCAAUGUGUCUGCCCACCAGGCUGGACUGGCAAGACCUGCCAGAUAGACAUGAACGAGUGCGAGACAGGCAUCUGUAUUAAUUCUCGCUCCUGCCGAAACCUGAUUGGAGGAUAUCUGUGUGACUGUUUUCCUGGAUGGGUGGGGACAAACUGUGACACGAAAAACAGCAGCUGCCAGGACUCGUGUCUGAACGGAGGGCGCUGUGAGGACUCACACUGUGUGUGCCUUCCGGGUUUCACUGGAAAACACUGCCAGACAGCAGUGGGAAUGUGUGACAGCACCCCCUGUCUAAACGGAGGACAGUGUGAAGAGCAGAAGGAUGAAGGAAGCAUAGUUUGCAAUUGUCCACCAGGAUAUACCGGAAUGUAUUGUGAAAUGAUGUUAGAUCCAUGUAAUCCCAACCCCUGUCAGAAGGGGGUGCCAUGUCACAGCACGGAGAGUGGCUACAUGUGUGCCUGUCCGGAGAAUUACUUUGGAAAUGAGUGCAUGAGCCUGAAGGAUUUGUGUCAUGGGCCACAUUGUCAAGACACAACGAGUGGAAUGUUCAGUGUGUACAUGGUGUUAUUGGGUGCGUUAGCCGUGUUGGUAGCCGUCGGCUGCUCUGUCUGCGCUCUCCUCCUGUCCCGUCUGCACCGCCGCCAGCGUUCCAAGCAGCAGCCGAGCGCCAUCCCCACAGAUGCCGCUAUCAACAACCAGCGUCAUGUCUGCACUCUCAUUCGCAAUGUAGAACACACCACAGCACUUCUCGGCCCUGGACAAACUCAGCCACAAACCAUAUUGUGUAGUUCUGCUCGACCAAUGCUGCAGCUGGAGGAGAUCGAGCUGACCCUCCCGAACACACAGGUUCCACCGCCCAAUCAGAAACCAGAUCCGUCCGCUGUUCUCAAAGCCAACCUGGUGCCUAAAAUCGACAUCUGCAACCGCGAGCGCGAGAAACUGAAUCGCUUCCACUACUCUGACAACCAGGAAGUGGAAGUGUGACCUUGUCCUGACCUUCAGGAAAAUGCACUACCCCUGAUCACUCUAAAGCAGCCUCCUGCUGCAGAACAUUGGCCCGUAACCCUAAAAACAAAAGGUCAGAAGGAGUGAAAUCUCUGUCUAGGAAAGCAUAUGCAUUCCAGGCAUGGAGCUGCGGACGUUGCUGCUGUCAGGACCAGUAUGUAAAUGGUAGAAAGGUCAAAAGGGGACAGAGAUCUUUUUAAGGCCUGUGACUCUCAUUUUUGAUUCAUGGUUAUUUAACUGUAUUUGAUGUGUGUUUACACAAGUGCCAUCUGUAUUUCUACACAUCUGCGUUUGUGUGAGUGCUGUGCGUGUGUAUGCAUGAUUGUAAACGUGGAAGGCGAACCCCACACAGCCGUGCACGCGGGUAUGUUUUGGAACACCUCUGCGUUUUCCUUCACCGUAUAGAACAAUGCGAGGAAGAGCUAAUUCCCACCACUAAUUGAAUGAAAAAGCAAAGAGGUUGUCAAGGCUGUCAGAAGAGUGCCACAAGUUCUAGAGAUUAUGACUCUUGUAUUUUAUAUUGCCUGUCAUGUUGCAGCUGUAAGAGAUGUAUGAUUUUUUUAUACUUGGAUGUAAAUAGCAUUUUUGUAAAUAUGCUGUAUAUAUUGAUCUGGAUUUUUUUUUUUUUUUGUACGGUGGUUUUCUUUCGGAAAUAUCACCAGUUUCUCAUCUUUUCGUGUCAUCUUCUUCCUCUCUGCUGGUCUUUGCAGGCGGGAUGGUUUGCAAAUAAAGUGCAUCUACCUACA